AAUUCUGCCUUCAGAUAAAUCAAAAUAUAGGAAAAAAAAAUCACAAAACCAAAAAAAAAAAAACACAACAAUCAACAUCCUCCUCCAUUUUUGACUUUUUCAACAGUUCUUAAUUAUUUCCCAGAUUUGAAGAAAGCAUAGGCUCUUUUUUCGAGUUUAUAUGAGCAGAGCUUCUCCAUGUCCAAACCCAAGAAGUUCUUUCAGAAUCUAAUGAAGUUCAAUUUCGGCUCUCGUAAAGCUGAACAGAAUGAAGAGGACUUGGGGAAGAUUGCUCAAAAGGAACAGAGGAACUUUUCUUAUGAAACUUUAGUUUCUGCUACCAAAAAUUUUCAUCCUAAUCACAAGCUUGGUGAGGGAGGUUUUGGACCUGUUUUCAAGGGGAAGCUAGAUGAUGGUCGAGAGAUUGCAGUUAAGAAACUGUCUGCUAGAUCAACUCAAGGGAAGAAGGAAUUUGAGAAUGAGGCAAAGUUGCUGGCUCGUGUGCAGCAUCGGAAUAUUGUUAAUCUAUUGGGUUAUUGUGUCCAUGGCACUGAGAAGCUAUUGGUUUAUGAAUAUAUCGCAAAUGAAAGUCUCGACAAGAUUCUAUUCAAAUCCAAUAGACGUAAAGAGCUUGACUGGAAGCGAAGGUUUGACAUUAUCACUGGAGUUGCUCGGGGAUUGCUUUACCUUCACGAAGAUGCACACAAACACAUCAUCCAUAGAGAUAUAAAAGCCAGCAACAUAUUACUUGAUGAAAAGUGGACACCAAAGAUUGCUGAUUUUGGCAUGGCCCGCCUCUUUCCCGAGGACGAAACACAUGUUAACACCCGUGUGGCUGGUACCAAUGGAUAUAUGGCACCAGAGUAUGUCAUGCAUGGACAUUUAUCAGUUAAGGCUGACGUGUUCAGCUUUGGGGUUGUCGUUUUGGAGUUAAUCAGUGCUGAGAGGAAUUCAAACUUCAAUUUGGAUGUGGAUGCACAAAAUCUACUUGAUUGGACUUACAAACUCUACAAGAAAGGCCGGAGCUUGGAGAUUGUUGACGCGGUAUUAGCAGAAUCACAAGCUGCUGACCAAAUAGCAUUGUGCAUACAAAUAGCAUUGCUGUGCACACAAGGUGAUCCACAAUUACGACCAGAAAUGGGACGUGUUGUGGUGAUGCUAUCGAAGAAACCAGGACCUGGCAAUCUAGAUGAACCAACGAGGCCCGGGGUACCUGGCUCAAGAUACAGAAGAGCUCGCAGACCAGCUGCAUUGUUGUCAUCUGGUGGUGAAACCAGAAGUUCUUCUCAUUCAGGUUCGUAUGAUUCAAGCUAUUCCCAUACAGCUACUGCUUCAACGUCUACGCAUACAAGAAGCUCCAUAAAAGACCCUCAUGGAAAACGACCGAUGGAGGGCUAGGCUUAGCAAUAUAGGAGAUUUUGCUCAUUUCUUUUUGUGAAUAGUGUUAUUUAUUUUUUUUUAUGUAGUAUUUUGUAGACGAAAAUGGUAAACUGUAUAUAUUAAUAAUUAGUAUUAAUCUGUGUAUUAACUAUGACAUGUCACUGUGUGAUUAAACAUAAUCACAUGAUGACAUAUAAUUGUGAAUACACAAAUUAAUACUCAUUAUUAAUAUAUAUAGUUUUAUUGAAAUGAAAAUGAGGAAAUAUAUAGUUCAUAAA